AUGGGAGGUUGCUGUUGUUCCUCGAGGAAGUCGCAUCUUGUUGGAACACCUGUAUACUAUUAUUGUCCAGAAUCUUUUCAAAGACUUGAGCCUUCAGGAGCUCGUGCUGGUGUGGGAUCAGCGUUCACCACAGGCCUCUUGGUUGAUAUAGGCUUGGAGACAUCGAUACCAGACACCUUUUGUGCUCCUGCUCCUCUUCCUUAUGAUUUGCUUUUGGGGAGACCACAAUGCGCAGAUUCGGAGUCUAUCAAAGGAAGGAUUAGGGAGAGCAGUUUUGAAACGUUAGCGACAUGUGAAGAUCUUGGGGGUUCAGACUGUAAAACUCAGAUUCUCUCGCCGAGGAAAUCAGAUUUCUCUAAACAAAAAGGAUUGAAGCAGUUGGUAGAUGAAGAGGAGGAGUCUUGUCCCAUUUGCUUUGAAGUUUAUGAUCUUGAGAAUCCAAGACUAACGACAACUUGUGAGCACGAUUUUCACCUCUCUUGUCUUCUGGAGUGGAUUGAAAGAAGCGAUAGAUGCCCUAUAUGCAAUAAGGAAAUUGUGUUUGAUGAUUGCUUGAAGUAG